CUCACCCCAAGUACUACCAUAACUACCCCACCCAACACCAUCAUCUGAUCCAUUUCCACAAAGCUUCUGAAAGCCAACACAUACCUCACUGCCUUUGCCUUCUUCUCAGCUUCAAGAAGCCUUUUGAGCUUGUGAUUUCUACAUCAUCCAUCCAUUUCAUCACCAUGAUCCAAGAACUCCUUGGAGGGACAACCAUGGACCAGCUCAAGGGCGCCAGCGCUCUGAACCACGCCUCCCUGCCGGUGGUGCUGCAGCCUAUCGUGUCCAACCCGUCGCCCACGUCGUCGUCGUCGACGUCGUCGCGCUCGUCGGCGCAGGCGACGCAGCAGAGGUCGUCGUCGGCGACCUCGUCGCCGCACGGGCAGGGGCAGGGUGGCGGCGCGGCGGAGCAGGCGCCGCUGCGGUGCCCGCGGUGCAACUCGUCGAACACCAAGUUCUGCUACUACAACAACUACAACCUCACCCAGCCGCGCCACUUCUGCAAGACGUGCCGCCGGUACUGGACCAAGGGCGGCGCGCUCCGCAACGUCCCCAUCGGCGGCGGGUGCCGCAAGCCGCGCCCCAUGCCGGCGCCGGUCGCCAAGCCGCCCAUGUCUUGCAAGGCCGCGCCGCCGCUCGGCCUCGGCGGCGGGCCAGUGUCCUGGGCCUCCGGGCAGCAGGCCGCCACCGCGCACCUCAUGGCGCUGCUCAACAGCGCCAGGGGAGUGCAGGGCCACGGCGGCAGCAAUGUCCACCGGCUUCUUGGGCUGGACACCAUGGGUCACCUCCAGAUCCUGCCAGGCGCUCCCAAUGGCGCCGGCGCCGGCACGGCGGCGUCGCUCUGGCCACAGUCCGCGCCGCGGCCGGUCACUCCACCGCCGCCGCACAUGGACUCCCAGCUCGGCAUGGGGACGCUGGGCCACCACGACGUGCUGUCGAGCCUCGGCCUCAAGCUGCCCUCGUCGGCGUCGUCCUCGCCGGCGGCGAGCUACUACAGCGACCAGCUGCACGCGGUGGUGAGCAACGCGGGGCGCCCCCAGGCGCCGUACGACGUCGCCACCGCGUCCCUCCCUUGCACCACCGCGGUGACCUCACUCCCGUCGGCGCUGUCGAGCGUCUCCGCCGCCGCGCCGACCAGCAACACGGUCGGGAUGGACCUGCCACCCGUGUCGCUCGCCGCGCCGGAGAUGCAGUACUGGAAUGGCCCGGCGGCGAUGUCGGUGCCGUGGCCGGACUUGCCCACUCCCAACGGCGCGUUCCCAUGAGAUAGACGACGGCGACGACGUCGUCUCAUGCAAGCAUGACAUUACUAGCUAGUGUAGCUCUCGAUCGGUUUAGCUUUAAUCAUCAUCGAUCUUGUGUGGUUUCGGUUAAUCAGUGUGAGGACUCUGAGGGGUUUAAUCAAGGGUGUUUUAGUUACUGGUGUUUUUGUUAAUCAGUGGGGAUCGAUCAAGUAACCUUUUUUACUGUUUACUUAUUAUUAGGUUUUUACCUAGGGUUUGGUGGUAACUGGGUAUAGUGUUUAAGUCGUGAUCAAUGCAUAGAUGGGGUUGUACUAUGAGAUGUGUACGUGUGUUGUCGGUUUCGUUCAGGUUGAUCCAUGUAUGGAUGUAAGGUUUACAUUCCCUGCAAGCUCGUGGACGUACUUAUCUCAGCUGCAAAUUUCACUUUCGACGUACUCUGAAAUGCAAAGUACAGGGCUUGAUUGUAGUAA